AUGUUGGGAAUCGAGAGGAAUUACUGUUUCGACAAGGGAGGGAAGUAUGGAGUUGCUGCAGGCGAGUUAAAGAACGGCAUUAAGAAAGGAGGAUUCCAAGCACAGGUUGGGACUACGGUCGGAACGACGAGUGGCUGCAUCAUCAGCGCGGGGCCGUAUGUCUGGCAGGAUUGGAUCGACGUGGCCCAAGGCCUCUCUCCACCCGUCGCCCUGCCAGCGCACCACAAACUUGCUGUCGGUGCGCCAGGCGGCGGAAAGGGUGCCGCCCACAAAAUUCAGUACGAUACUGCGAAGAUGUACAUCGUAUCGAUUCAAAGUAACGGCAAGUGGGGCUAA